AUGGCCGCGGCGAUGACGGUCGCCGUGGUGCUCGCGGCCGUCGUGGCCGCGGCGGCGGCGGCAGCGGCAGCGCAGGCAGAGGUGAUUGGGAUAAACAACCAGUUCCCGGGUCCUCUCUUGAACGUGACGACGAACCAGAACGUGAGGGUGAACGUCCAAAACAACCUUGACGAGCCCCUCCUGAUCACCUGGGACGGGAUCCAGAUGAGGAUGAACUCGUGGCAGGACGGCGUUAUGGGCACCAACUGCCCCAUACCUCCGGGAUGGAACUGGACCUACGAGUUCCAGCUCAAGGACCAGAUCGGCAGUUUCUUCUACUUCCCGUCGCUCGGCCUCCAGCGAGCUGCCGGCGGGUUUGGCCCCAUCACCGUCAACAACCGUGCAACCGUGCCCCUCCCCUUCGAUCAGCCUCAUGGUGAUAUCACCCUGUUCAUUGGGGAUUGGUACACCAAGACCCAUGUUGAACUGAGGAACAUGCUAGAUGAUAAUCAGGAACUAGGGGUACCAGAUGCCAUUCUUAUCAAUGGAAGGGCACCUUACAUAUAUGACAGUGCACUGGUUCCGGAUGGCCUUCAGUAUGAAACUGUUGGAGUUGAGCCAGGGAAAACAUAUCGCUUCCGUGUCCACAAUGUUGGCAUCUCAACUAGCCUCAACUUCAGGAUCCAGAAUCACAACAUGCGUCUGGUAGAGACUGAAGGAACCUACACCAAUCAGCAGAACUACACCAACCUAGACAUCCAUGUGGGACAGUCCUAUUCUUUCUUGGUGACCAUGGAUCAGAAUGCAAGCACUGACUACUACAUUGUGGCAAGCCCGAGGUUUGUAAGCAAUCCUCGAGGGCAUGAAGUAGCUGGUGUAGCCAUUCUUCAGUACUCAAACUCCAAGGGCAGGGCUUCUGGCAGCCUCCCUGAUGCUCCAAAUGAUAACUACGACAAGUAUUACUCCAUGAAUCAGGCAAGGUCCAUCAGAAUGAACACAAGCGCUGGUGCUGCUCGUCCAAACCCACAGGGAUCAUUCCACUAUGGAUCGAUCAACAUCACUCAGACCUUUGUUCUAAAGAACGAGCAGCCCUUGAGCAUCAAUGGAAAGCGUUGGAGGACUAUCAACAGGGUGUCAUACUCUCCUCCAGAGACGCCACUGAGGCUUGCUGACCUCCACAACCUGACUGGAGUCUACACAACUGACUUCCCUGCAAUGCCCAGCAAUGCGCCAGCGAGGAUAGCUUCAUCUGCGCUGAACGCGUCCUACAAGGGUUUCCUAGAGAUCGUUUUCCAGAACAAUGACACUGAUGUCCAGACCUACCAUCUUGAUGGCUACUCAUUCUUUGUUGUUGGGAUGAAUUAUGGCGAGUGGACACCAGACAGGAGGAAUGAAUACAACAAGUGGGAUGCCAUCUCUCGCUGCACCACUCAGGUCUUCCCCGGGGGCUGGACUGCGGUCCUAGUCUCGCUUGACAAUGUUGGUAUCUGGAAUCUGCGUGCCGAAAAGCUGGAUAACUGGUACAGAGGGCAGGAGGUCUAUGUGAAGGUUGCUGAUCCACUGGGCUACAACAUCACUGAAAUGGUCAUCCCGGAUAAUGCCCUGUACUGUGGUCUACUGAAGGAGAGGCAAAAGCCACAGGUCCAUGAGUCAAACAGCAAGUCGUCGGUGCAAGGCGAUGCUGGAUGGAGCAACAAACUCCUCACAACCAUGAUACUGGUCGUCGCAGCUGUGAUCUUCAGUUGA